AUGCUACUCAAAUUGAUGUGGCUAGCCAUGGAGAGACAAUACAAUCCCGUCGUUGUUCGGCUGCAGAGAUUCAUGCACCAGAGCACAUACCCUUUGUCCACCAAGCGAGCCUACAAACGAAUCUGCUGUCUGCCAGCCUAUGUGGUGGUCACUUUGGUAGGCGUUGCAAUUCUCAUUGACCUCCUUCUGCUGCGUCUCUUUGAUUUCAACACAAUCGCCAUGCUCACCGAUAUGCGAGUUUUGCCAGUUUUUGUGAUAAUGAGCUCAGUCAUCUUCCUUGGUGUCUGUGCGUCCGUUCCGUCCCUUGCGAAUGCAGCGUUCGCCUACUUCUAUCGGCCAAAAACGCCACUGGUGAAGGCUAUUGAGAGCUACGCCACGGGGAGUUCUGAACCCUGGGGGAAGCAUAAGAAGAGAACUCCCCUCCUGGAUAGCCUAACCGCGAGAGUUGGCAGUGGCAGUAGUUCUGUCAAGCUAAACGGAAAUUUCCUCCAAAGCAGUCUAGAAGCAGCUGAUGUGCUUCCAGUCACCUCCUCCUGUGAAGUGGAUAUUUUGGCCAAAAAGGAAUUCGCCAAUAUUUGUGACAUGCUGCACGCCUUCAAUUUUUACCUUCAGAAUAUUGAACAGACUCGUCUGGUGGUCAUGAUUGACGCUACAGAGGCCACUUCAGCCGUACAACUUGCUGGUGUAUUCUACCAAGUCCACAGUCUUUUGCUCACUCAGCCAAAUGCACCUAUCGCCUUCGUCAUUGCUACAAAUGUUACCGCCUUUUAUGAGAAGUCUUCAAGUACGCCUCAUCCAGAUGACACCGUCUUCCAAGGGAGUCAAUCAGGAGAACUCAGUGAGGCUCUCAAUCUCCUCCGAGGCAUUGCAGAUUGCAAUCAUCUGGUGCUCUUCAGUGUUCAACUACCCAUCUUCCUGGGUGCAGCUACGAUCAAGACAAACCCAUCCAUACUUCAACGGCUUCUUGGAGCCAAAAAUCUCUGCACCCUAUUUCAAAAUUUUGCUGACACCACACCGAUUUCGCCACACUUAUCAACUGUCGUGCCAGAAGAUGCUAGAAAUGGAGAGCACCCUCAAAUAGCACGCUCAAAAAACAGCAUUGGGAGCAAUACUGGUCAAAUUAACCAGGCCUAUACCUCCGCUGAGGAACUUGGUCUCGCCUCAGGGGAAGCCAUUAGUGAGCCGUCGACAGUUAUUAAGUCGGCUCAGUCCACCACGAGUUUGAGCGCCCAAAAUCAGUUGCAGCAACAACAUCUACUACUGAAGCAACAGUCUGGCAGUAGUAGUAGUACAUCCCCAGCUCUGGUGAAAAAUGUUAACACCUCGAGAAUGACCUCAACGAGGGCAGGAGCCAAGGGAAUUGCCGAGAUCUUCCUCGCCAAUGAGGAGUUGGUGGAACUGAAUGUCCCUGUCAUCAGAACUCUGGUGGCUGAGACUGCUUUUGCAAGUCGUCUGAUUAAGCAUAGUUCCGCAUCUGUCUCAAUUAAGCAGUUGGUUAACUGGAUCUGUCUGACCCAGCACUGGCCAUUCCACAUGUCAUGGACAAUGGUCCUGCUCGAGGCAGAACAUCAAGAUGGCCCUACUACUGAAGGGGCUAUUCAAACAGUCGUCUCUUCUCCAAAUCGUGGACAAAAAAACGCACUUCUCGGACUGAUAAAAAAGACCCUGGAAGAGGUUUCCUCUUUGCCACCCAUUGGUUCAAUUCUCUCUGGAGACGACCGCGAUCCUGGCAAAUUACUUUACUUUAUUAGAGAUCAGGUUGAUUGCCACUAUUCUCUUGUUGAUCUCAAACACCUUGCGGUUAAUAGUCUCUUUCUGAGUCCAGUAUUUCGGGUGUGCGUUAAAGGCGAGUUCAUUAUCAUUUCACUAAUGCAACAAACCCACCUACACAUACCGCGACAAAUACGCCAUUUCUACUUUGGGGCGGUUGGAGGAGAUGGCCAAGAGGUUGAAAUGGAGCACAACCUACCAGCAUCCAUUCCUGUGGCCCCCACCGUGAAACCGCAUGAGACAGGACGCAGCUUUUACGUGACAGCGCCAAUGCCACAGUCCUUUGACACCCUGCCUCAAUGCCUUGAGUUCGACUACAACCGUCGAUCAAGGAGUGGAGGAGGUGGAAGAGGAGGAGAAGGAGGAACCCAAAAUGACUCUUCAGGGGACACGCACUCCCCUCUGCCAGUAUCAGUCGACUCUGAGCCCCCUGAAAAGGGUCUCUGCUACUCGAAUCCCUUCAAUCUCCCCAUUGUUUCACCUUGUCCAAUACGACUCAAGCCCCCCUUCCUUUCAGCCUCCUCCUUCUCUUUCUCCCUCUCUCCCAUCGCAACAAAAUUCAGACUAUCCCACUGGUCAGUUUUGCGCAAUGCGAUGUGGGGUCUUGUGCUAUCUCAAAAAAAAGUGACUCCACCGAUUGCCCGAUCCUGA